AUGUCAUGUACAUAUAAUGGAACAGAUCCAUCCUCAAAUAGUUAUAAUAUUCAAUAUAUUCAAGAAAAUGAUGAUGACAUAUCCUCUUCGAUAAAUAUUGCAUCAAGAGAAAUAGGUCGAAAUAGUAAUGAUUUGGAUGAUGAUGAUGAUGAUUCUUCAUCUGUUAACAUAUUUUCAGAGUGGCCAAAUGCAACUAAUGAAUUUUCAGAUUCCUUUAUUUACAAUUUUAAAUUAAAAAUUAUAGGUUAUCAUUAUUUUCCGGAAAAUAUUUUUGAAUUUGAAGCUUUACUUAAUCAACGUAAAUUACAUGAUGCAUAUUGUUCAAAACCACUUGAACGAAAAUUUAAAAUAAAAGCAUCAAAUUCAAUUAGAUUGAAUGCAUCAAAUUCUAUUCAACCUAAUAAAGCUAGCCAUUUCGUUGCAUAUUUUACAGAGAACUAA